AUGCAAUAAAUAUAAGAAGAAUUAGCAAAUUUAAAGUUAGACACAAAUAUAACUGGUUUUAUUCAUUGUGAAGAUUUUGAUUAACACUUUUCAAAUAAAGACCAUCCUGAAAAUCCAAAAAGAACUUAAUCAAUAGAUAAAACAAUUUAAAAUUAUUUGUCCUAAUAUGAUGGUAGAUUGCAAGUGGAAUAAUUAUCAAAUUUUAAAAAAUGGUAUUUAUAAUCUAUAUAACUUUAGCAACAUAGAAUAUUUAAGAUUAGUUUAUGAUUAAGAAUAUAUAGAUUUUGUUGAGGGAUUGUUUGACGACAUAGGAGAUUAAAAGAAUACAAAAUAAGUAAUGUAUUUAAGUGAUACUUAUUUAUGCAAAACAUCUCCUUAAACUGCUCGAAAAUGUGUCCAAGCAGUUUUAGAAGGAGUAGAUAAAAUAUUAACAAAUUAAUGGAGGAAUGCAUUUUGUAGUGUUAGACCUCCUGGCCAUCAUAGUGGACAUAAACCUAAACCAACUGGAUUCUGUGUAUAUAAUAAUGUAGCCAUUGCUGCAAAAUAUGCAAGAUAAAAGUAUAAUGUGAAGAAAAUAGUAAUAUUUGAUUGGGAUGUUCAUCAUUGUGAUGGAACAGAAUAAGUAUUUUUUGAUGAUCCAGAUACUUUGGUAAUUUCAAUACAUAGAUUUGAUCAUGGUGAUUUUUAUCCUAGAAGUGGAGAUCCAGAGAAAAUAGGAGGGGCAAAUGCAGAAUUUAAAAAUGUAAAUGUUGGUUGGAAUGUGCCUAGUGAUGGAAAUAUUCCAGGUUAUGAUGAUUAUGUCUAUGCAUUUGAUAGAUUAUUAGGUCCUAUUGUAAAGGAAUUUAGACCAGAUUUUAUUAUAAUAAGUGCUGGUUAUGAUUCAGCAAAAGGUGAUCCUCUUGGAUGUAUUGAAAAUACUCCUGAAGGUUAUUAAUAUAUGACUGAAUAAUUGUAAUAAAUAUGUCCUAAAGUAUUGGCUGUUUUAGAAGGUGGAUAUAAUUAUGAUGUUACGGCAGCUUGUGCUUUAGCAACUUUUAAAUAAUUAAUGGGAGUACCCUAAUAAUUUAAUAAUGAUAUCCAACCUUGUAAAUGUGGUAUUAGUGCUGUAACGACUACUGUUGAUAAACAUAAGGAAUUUUGGACUUGUCUUUCAUCUUAAUAAUUAACAGAAUAUUAAAAAAAGUAUAUAGGAUAAGUAGCUGAUUUAAUUUCAGGAGGACAUUUACAAUCAUUCUAGAUUAAAAAGGAUAUUAUUAUUAAAACAACUAAAAAAGGAGAAUUUUAAUUUUAUUCAACUUUGAAUGAUAAAUCUAAUCCUUUUUAUGAAGAAAAUUAAAGACUUAUUAGAUUUAUGCCUAAAUUAAUUUCUCUAGAUGAAAAUGCUUGUUCUAUUACUAUGGUAUUAUAUAAUUAUUUAAUUAUUAUAGGAAAAUUUAACAUAUGGAUUAGAAAAUGGAUCGAUUAUAGAUUUAAAAAUAGGUUAUAAAACAUAUAAUCCAAAUGGUUCUGCAUUAAAAAGAGAGAAAGAAAUUAAAAAGGCAAUUUAAUGUGAUUAAAAAUACAUGGGAUUUAGAGUGGCUGGAAUUAAAAUAAGAGAUUAGAUAGGAGCAUUAACUGUUAAUAAGAAUGGAUCUGAAGCUUAUAAAUGGAUAAAGAAUGAUAAAUAAAUGAGAGAUAUUAUUGAAUAAGUUUUUAGAUCAAAUCUUAUUGAAGAACCUAACAAGGAGGCACUUAAAGGUUGUAUUUAAUUUAUCUAAGAAUUAAUUGAAGUACUUCAAACCUGUAAGAGGUAUAAAAUGAUUAUUUAUAUUUAGAAUGUUUCGAAAUACUUCUAUUCUAAUUAUUGUGGAUAAUUUAUCCCAAUAAUACCGAAUUAGAUGGAUUGAUUUUAAUUAUGUUAUGAAUUUAUCAGAUGAUUGUGAAAAUCCAAACGCAGAAAUGGAUAAUAAUGUGAUUGGAGGACUUAAAUAUCUUAAUUCUAUGUUAAGAUAAAUAGAAUCAAAAUGAUCUGAUUAAAAAUAUUAUUAUAAAAUAGAUUUUUUGUAUUACAG